GAACAAUUGGAAGAGAUUACUAAAAGAAGUGGCAAAUCUCAACAGACACAAAAUGAGUGGUGUACAAAAACUGAUUACAAUGAAAUACAACAAAUCUGUAAGAGAAGGAUUCCAUAUAAGUCUCCAGGAAUAUUAAAGGAUCUUGUCAAGCUGAAUAAUAUGAAUGAAUUGGAAAAUAAAUUGAAAAGUAUUGAUCAGAGACUUGAAGACCCAAUUACAACCUUUUUGAUAGAAAUUUUAAAAUACUUGGGAGAAAUAGCUUUAUCAUCAAUCAAAUCAUAUCGUAGAAGGAAAAAAGAAAGUUAUUACAAACAAGAAUCAGAUGGUGUUUUCUUAUUGUGCCUAAAAAAUCAUUAUAUUGAAAUUGGUCAUGUUGAAAUAAGUGGCAGUUAUGGUUGUAUAGAUAAACCACAAUCCACCUGGGAUCAUCUUAAAG